AUGGGGGCUGGUAUUUCCCAAUUUCCACCGAUAGACGAAUCAUCAUUGGUCACUACUGGACUUAUAACUUCAUGUUCACUAUACUCAGUACAUUCUUCCAUCUCCAAGCUCGUGUCUUUCAAGGAAACAUCGAUUAUACAGUAUAAGAAGGAUUUAAAUUCCAAAUUACCUGAUAAAUUGACUUCAAGUGCUACAUUUAAGGCAUUUAUUGGUAUGGAAUUUGCUCAGAAUAAGCUUAUUGAAAACUCACUCCGGGUGAAACACCUGAGUCACCCCUCCAUAAUUCGUGUUGUCUCUGCUGCUAUAUCGCCAAAAAUCUCUUCUUUUUUUCUUGUAUCAGAACCCACUUUACCUUUCCAGAACGUGUUCUCAGUCCUUACAGAGGACGAAUUUCUUGUGGGCAUAUAUUCAAUUCUACAAGCAAUUGACUUCCUUCAUAAUAAAGCUCAUAUUUCGCAUAAUAAUAUUGAUAUUACUAGUCUCUUUGUUGAUUCAAAAAAGAAAUGGAAACUUGGUCUUUUCGAAUUAUCGUGCGCAUUUAGUGAACUUUCGCAACAUCGUCUAGAAGUACUCGAGCAUCUUAAAAACAAAGAAGAGGAUCAAAACUCUGUUGAAUUCAUUGCGUCUGCGUGUCACGGAUAUGACAUUUAUUGUUUCAGUCGAAUGGUCACACAAUUACUCUCCGUAUUUGCUCUGGAAAUAGAUAGCUUAAAGACGGUUCUCGAAAGAUCUGGCAUGCACGCAUCUCCCAAACAACGACCUUCCGCUGCCCAGUUGUUAAAACAUUCCGUCUUCACGACUCCCUUCUCCCAUUUAGUAUCAUUUCUAUCUGAGUAUAUGCUCAAGUCUGACGCGGAGAAAAUCAAAUUUUUUCAAGAGUUUCCAAAGGUGGCUAGUGAUAUUUCUGAAGAAGUUCUCUGCUCCUCCAUCGUUCCUCUAAUACUAGUACCCUCGAUAUUUACGGACUUCCCGGCCAAGUCCGUAGUCCGUCAUCUCCUCACACCACAUAAAGAGAACUCAUCACUUGGCUUGGUCUCAGAGGCUACCUUCACCCGUUUAGUAGUUCCACAAAUCUCCCGCCUCUUCCGAUGCCAUGAACUCACAACUCGAAUGUUGCUGUUGCAACACUUCCAAGCCUACGCGCGCUUCAUGGGACGAGAAACUCUCAAGACUAUUGUUCUUCCUGAGAUAUGUAUGAGUGUCUAUGACGCUAAUGAGGACUUAGCAGCAGCCAGCCUCUCUGGUGUAGCCCACUUGGCGCAUCUCCUAGGUACUGGUCUUGUCAUGUCCCACUUCCAGAGUCUCGGCGCUCAAAUGGAGAGUCUCUCCUUCCUCACGCCAACUCCCCUUUCAGAUGUGGAUAAAGCUAGUCUCCGACUAAACACCACUCUUACCACCGCACCCACCAAGAAACCUCUGGUCUACACCGCUUCCAAGAAACCCUGGCGACGGACUCGAACCAGUUUCUUCCCUGACUCGGCUCCCAAAUCGAAUAGGCAAGUGCGUGAGCCGCCUGCCGAAACACCGAUUAGGAAUGGAAGUGCUAACAAAACGAGCAAAUUGGCAGAUUUGGCUGUGUUGUCUCCAAAUUAUGUUCCCCUAGCAGCACCGGUUAAAAGAGUACCCAGUGUUGGUCCGCCAGUAGUUCAGAAGUGA